AGCGAUUUUAGAACGUAGAAAAAAAAUUUUACUCUGGAUUUGACGUUUCUGCUUAGCUAUUAUAUUAUUUUACAAGUAAUAAUAAAAACACAAAAGGGAAGUACUUAUAUAUACCUAAAAUGGGCUUGUUUGGAAAAACUCAUGAGAAAAAUCCAAAGGAACAGGUACGAGAAUGGACUCAUAAGUUGAGAAAAGAAGGUUAUCAGUUGGAUCGGCAGGUUAAUGCGAUCAGGCGGGAAGAAGAAAAAGUGAAAAAAUCAUUAAAGGAAUCGGCUAAGAAAAAUGACAAGGACGUGUGUAAAAUAUUAGCCAAAGAAAUAAUACGAGCGCGUAAAUCAAUCAAUAAAAUAAAAACAUCACAAGCGCAUUUAAAGUCAAUAUCCAUGCAGAUGAAUAACCAAUUGGCGACGAUAAGAGUCGCUGGUUCACUGUCAAAGUCUACAGAAGUAAUGCAGGCGAUGCAGUCGUUGAUAAAAGUCCCGGAAGUUGCUGCGACGAUGCGCGAAAUGUCUAAGGAGAUGAUGAAGGCGGGAAUUAUUGAAGAGAUGCUAGAUGAGACUAUGGAUUCUAUUGAAGAUUCUGAGGAUAUGGAGGAUGAAGCUGAUGAGGAAGUAGACAAGGUUCUGUGGGAAUUAACUGCUGGACAAUUAGGAACUGCACCAGCAGUUGUCACAGAAACACCCGGCGCGUCGACGUCUAAAGAAGAAGAAGAGCCAGCUGAAGAUGACACCGAGCUCGAAGAAAUGAAAAACCGGCUUCAAAGUUUAAGAAGUUAAUUUAUUUAAAUUUAGGUUCCUUCUAUUAAUUUAAAAUCCCGCACAUAGAUCACCAGCUUGCGCUUAGACCUUGGUCAUAAACAAAAGUACUAGCUUAAUGCACUUGUUAAUAAUAAUAAUAAUUUAAUUUUUAUUUAUUUAAAUCUUCAGAAAGUCAGUAUUUGAGUAAAUAUAUAUAAGAAUUUAACUUACUGAAUUUUGUAUUAUAUUACGAGCUGGCUUCGUGUUCGCUGUUUUUAACACUUUACAAAAAUUAACUAAAAACCAAAAAAAAUCACGAAGAAAAAAUGUUAUAUAUUUUGUAACAUUUUAUAAAUUAUCUUCAUAUUUUGUAGCAUUGUAUAUUUUUUUUUUUUAUUAAUAAUAAUUAAGGAGAUUUGUAAAUAAGGUUUGAUUGCUUUAUUGAGAUUCAAAUGAUAUUUGAAGCAAUAAAAAAUUUUAAAUAAAAAACA